UGACCAAUUCCCAGGAACCUCCUCAAACACACAGGAUCUGCAAGUUAGCUACUUAUAAUGGGAGAACUUCAAAAAAUUCUUGAUAGUGGAGAAUAUCUUCCCUUGAGAUCAGUUCCAGUAUUUGAGAGCAGCUUUAUUCAGGUCAACAGAAGAAGUGAAGCGGUUUACCUUCAUAAUCGGCCCAACUAUGUGACAGUGGGUGUCUGUGUCUCCAGCCCAAGUCUGUCAUUGCCAAAUGUGAUGCUGCUCGCACACACAGUCCCUGUAUCCUCCAAGGAAAGCAUUUCAACGUACGCAUCAUGUCCACAGUCUUCAUAUUCAGAGGAUGAGCUAGUCCUCACCAGGUUCUUACCCUUGAAAUGUGUGAAAAUUUCUGUUCACUCUGUUCAGAGGAAACGCAUCAAAUUAAAGCUGGUGAACGGCCGUGUCUACUACUUAGAGCUCUCUGGUCCACCACAGAAACAGGCAUUCCUUUUCUGUCAAUGGAUACGACUGAUCAGUCUAUUGAAAACUAAGACUUCUGACUCUGCUAUUCUAUUUAAAAAUUUUGACAUGCAGGAGGAACAGAAAACUAUCAGCAACACAUCAUGGAAAAGAAACAAUCAAGAACAGCCUGUCUGGGACCAAGAAAAGAGACAUGAGCCAGAGAAAGUACAAAUCCUAAAACACACAUCUUCGAAGCAAGUCACCGUUUCAGGAACUGUGGGUCCUAUUGAACAAGUUGGAAAGAGCAGCGUCCAGGGAGCAGUUUCUUCCUACACCUUCAUUGGAAAAUCCAGCGUGAGCUCAGAGAAACAAAACAAGCAACAUCAAGAAUUAAGGAAGAAGAGUGUCACCAAGAAGAAAUCGUGGGAACGAGAGCCUUUUUCUCAUUCAGAAAAAAGAUUACAGACUUCAGGUAUGAAUUAA